AUAGUAUUUAUGAUUUCAUUAUAUAAAUAAUAAUUCUUUUUUGAUGAAUGUCUUGAUUACUAUCAAGCUAAUUAGUGAUUCAAAAAAUAUUCACUCAUUUUCCAAUUCGCUAGAAAACAAGAGCCCUUUUUGGGUAAGACAAAUCGAUAAAUGGAAAAUAUUCAAAUAAAAAUUGAUAACUCAAAUUUGAUGCGACUUAUAGGUCCUAAUAUAACAAAGGACGAAAGUGACAUUUUAAUCAAGAAUAAUUCUCUUGAUUCAGAAAACAAAAAUUCAGUAAAAAGGCGUAAAUUAGAUAAAGAUUCUCAUAAUGAUUCAAUAUCAAAAAACAAUAAACCUAAAGACUUGGACGAUGUAAUAUAUUAUUUUGAGGAUGGUCUUCGUAAAGUUAAACCUUAUUAUUAUGAGUAUCAAGCAUUUGCAAAAGGACGAUGGUUGGGUCGAAGUAUUUUUGAUAUUUUCUGUACAGAAUUUCGUGAUCGAUCAAGAGACUAUUAUGCCUAUGCCAUCGAGACAGGCUUGAUUACAAUUAAUGAGAAAAUCGUUACAAAAGAAAAAAUUGUUAAGAAUCAGGAUAUUAUCGGACAUAAAAUUCAUAGACAUGAGCCUCCAGUCACAGCUGACCCAAUAAAAUUAAUCAGUAUGGAAAAUGAUUUGAUUGUGAUUGACAAACCAGGAAGUGUGCCUGUUCAUCCAUCCGGCAGAUAUCGACAUAACACUGUUUUACACAUUUUACAAAAAGAGUUCGGGUUUUCGAAUCUUUAUACCUUGAACAGACUUGAUCGUUUGACAUCGGGAAUAAUGUUUUUGUCUACAAAUAAAGAAAAAGCUCAAGAAUUUGAACAAUUAAUGCAAGAACGUAAAAUUCACAAAGAGUAUCUUUGUCGCGUUAUUGGAGAAUUUCCUACGGGCGAUGUGAGAUGUGAUAAACCAAUUAUGACCGUAUCACAUAAACUUGGAUUAAAUGUUGUACAUCCGAAAGGGAAACCUUGUACAACAAUAUUUCGUCGUGAGAGUUAUAACGGUCGAACAAGUGUUGUUAAAUGUAUUCCGAUUACUGGCCGAACACAUCAAAUUCGUGUUCAUCUUCAGUAUUUGGGUUACGUGAUUGGCAAUGAUCCAUUGUAUAAUCAUCAUGUCUGGGGUCAACAAAAAGGAAAAGGUGGAAUCGAUGAAGUUUCAACAAAAUCUGUUAUCAAUAAUCUUAUAAAUGAAGGUAUAAACCAAGAAGAAUGUCUUGUAUUGAAUUUACCUACGAAACAAAAUUCUGAUAUUACUACAAAUAAAUCAUUAGGAAAAUGUGAAGAAUGUACCAUUCCAAAUUUUCCAGAUCCUAAACCGGAUCAAUUAUUUAUUUGGUUGCAUGCAUUAAAAUAUGAAGUUAGUGGAUGUAAAUACGAAACUCAAUUACCAUAUUGGGCGAAAGAUGAUUUUGAUGGAGAUAUAAAUAUAAAAUAAUUUACGUGUAAAAUAAAGUAUAAUUUUAUGGAGCCUGCUCACGUUUAAACUAUUUACGAUAUCAUGUACAUGAAACAAUAGAAGCAUACUUCAACGAUUUCAGGUAAAGCGGAUGAAUGGAACAACUACUCAUAGAUAGAUAAAAGCAGAUUUCGAACUACAUGACAAUAUUGUUGUCAGCUUUUCAUAUAUUACUGAAUAAUCAUUUAAUUGUUCGCUAUUCAUGAUUUUACUAUAGUGAUUUUAUAAUAAUAAUUCAACUUGUUACAAAUAGAUACUCCAAUUGCAAAAUCUAUCUUCCUGUCAUAAUUUAGUUAUGUAAAAAAAGAGCUUUUGUCCUAAAUUAUAUCAUUGAGCUUGUACUUGAGAGUGAGCUUUCUCUUGAAUUUUAUUUUAAAUGGGCCAAAUAAAGAUGAUAUUGUGGUUA